AGUUUUCGGUCUGUAUACUUGUUUCUGCAGUUGACGUUUCGUGUGCCGUGUGGCUAAAGUGACUAAACGCAAAGCUAUCUCAGUAUUUUAGGGAACGAAUUUGUCAGAUAAAUCGUUAAACACCAUUCGGAAUCAUUGUCUAAAGAAAAACAAUGAGUGGAUUUGAUCAGAACCCUUUUGCCGAGCCGGCAGUUUUCAAUCCCUUUGCGGAUCCAUCUGUCCAGCAAGCUGCAGGGAACAAUGCUGCAAGAGCUCAACAAGGUCUUGAAGAAUACAACCCAUUUGAUGGAAGUAAUCAAACCACAAAAAUUUCAAUGGACCGUGGAAGUGGAGCUAAUCCACCACCAACAAUCCAAGCUGCCCCUGUGAUAUCUCCUGGACAGCCCCAACAACAGGCAGCAAUGUCUGCUGCUGAUUUUCAAAGGCGUCAAGAAGAGCUAGAGCGUAAAGCACAAGAAUUGCAAAGGCGAGAAGAAGAGCUGAAAAAUAAUGUACCAUUCAACUCCCAGCGUAAUAAUUGGCCACCAUUGCCUGACAAGUUUUGUGUCCAACCAUGCUUCUAUCAGGACAUUAAUGUGGAAAUCCCAUUGGAAUUUCAAAAAAUCGUUCGGAUGUUGUACUAUAUUUGGAUGUUACAUACCUUGAUGUAUCUUCUAAACAUAUUGGGCUGCUUAGCUCUAUUCAUUCAAGUAGGAAGUGGAGCUAUGUUUGGCUUGUCCAUUCUGUACUGCAUUCUAUUCACACCAGCUUCCUAUCUUUGCUGGUUCCGACCCGUCUACAAGGCGUUCAGAUCUGACAGCUCAUUCAAUUUCAUGGUGUUUUUCGUCAUUUUUUUCGCCCAAACGAUAGCUACCGUUAUCCAGGCUAUUGGCAUACCUAAUUUGGGGACAUGUGGAUUCAUAGUUGGAUUGUCUACGAUCGGCGGACGAACAAGUGGCGGAGAUCUCGCUGUUGGAAUUCUAGUUUUGAUCCUUGGAUUGGGCUUCGGAGUUGUUGCUUUGGGAGAUUUCCUUCUUCUCGUCAGAGUUAGCCGUUUGUACCGCAGCACUGGAGCCUCUUUCUCUAAAGCUCAGGCGGAAUUUACUUCCGGUGUUAUGCGCAACGAGCACGUCCGCGGAGCCGCUGCCGACGUAGUCGGUUCUGCCGUUCGAGCUCAGAUGAGUAAUACCUCUGGUACAGGUCCACGGUUCUAAGCGUUUCUCACAUUCUUCUUCAAGCGCUAAUUCCACCCUUUAAUCAUCGGGCAUUUCUCUCAUCAUUUUCUAGUUUAAACAUUUACAUGUUAAUGCGAGGGAGCGAAGAAUCUCGGAACACAAAAGUGUGAAUUUCUUUAUUCAUAAGCUAAUCGUUCACUUGAUUUAUACAUCUAUCAACCAUUGCGAUACAAACCUUUUGCUGUUUUUUUUUUAUUUUCCAAUUUCUGUAACGUUGUUGUUUUUCUGUUUCCUCUUGUUCGUCAUUUCACAGUCAGGUUAAUUACGUGAGAAAAAGAAAUCACUAUACCGAAACCGUAUUUUAAUAAGGCAUCUUGAGGCAAACUAUAAAAGGUUUGAAACUUCGUUGGUUUCUUUACAUUUCAAAAGAAAAGACUAGAACUGAAUUGUUUGUGUAACAGUUGCUAAAGUUCUGAAAUUCUAUCCAUCCUGAAGUGGACAAGCAAAUCUAAGUAUUGCUAAUUUUAAGGGAUAGUCGUAAGAAAAAACAAUUCUGUUAUUGAAUAUAACUGCAUAACAUUUAAAAUAUUAGUCUGCCCGUUAAAAAUUCACCCUUUUACCUUCUUUCAUGUUGAUGUGUUAUAAUCGCCUCUUCUGGCGACAACUGCAUUUGCUCUUUUAGAGUUAAUAGUCGCCCUGAUACUUACUAGCAUUACUACUCGCCCACUUGUGGAUUAUGUGUGCUGUAUUGAGGAAAUACAUGACAGUCUCCCAUG